AACAAUUACAAUCUAUUGUUAGAAAAAGUAAUUACACAUAUGAUUUUAGAAGGAAGUUAAGUUUAGCCUUACCUGUGCCUAAAUCUAAUUAUGUUAGGAAUUCAAUAUCUUAUAAGGCAGCUAGUCUGUGGAACUCUUUAACGAAUGACCAUGGGGCUUCAAAUAAUAUAGCUAGUUUUAAAACGAUUUUAAGGACAGAUAAAUUUUAAAUUUAGGUAAUUAUUGACUGGGACUGGGUAAUAAGUUUUUAUAAUAUAAUAUAGCUUAAAUUAUUAUUGUAAAUACACUACCACAUCAGUUUAGCUGUAAUCUUAUCGUGUUAAAAUAAAUGCUUUAGUAGUAGUGGUAGUGGUAGUGGUAGUGGUAGUGGUAGUGGUAGUGGUAGUGGUAGUGGUAGUAGUAGUAGUAGUACUAGUAGUAGUAGUACUAGUAGUAGUAGUAGUACUAGUAGUAGUAGUAGUACUAGUAGUAGUAGUAGUAGAGAUAGGUGCCACUUUUGAGCUAUUUUAAGUAAAAUAUGAGCAAUUUUCAGCCUCUCGUCGCCAUCUUGAAAACAUAGUUUCGUAAAACUAUAAAAAAUCGUAGUCAGCAAAUAAAGUCGUUCAAUCUCCAUGAAAACGAGAGAAUUAGUGUUAAUCUUGCAUGUAAACAGUAAUUGGAGGGGAUAAACGCAUCACAACGUUUUUAAAAAAUCAGAUAAAUACUUGUAAAAUUACCCUUCAUUUCCGGUCUGAAAAUACUCUCGCAAGGUCAAAUUUCAACAUGGGCUAAAAUCCUAUAAAACAGAAAGUUGAAACAUUCUGAAAGAAGCUCGAUUAAUAUUGACCAAAGUCUAGUUCAUAUGCAAAAUAUUAGCUAAAUCUAUUUUUCCUUCCCCAAACCAGUGGGUGGAUUUUACUGAGAGGCCCUCUUAAGGUUGGUGUGGUGAACAAUUUCCUGCACAGUUUGUUCAAACAAGUGGAUGUCUUUUUGAAGGAGAAGCAAGUCACACAGGCUACCGGAACCUACGCGUACCGUGCUUAUUUGGAAACCCUCUUGAAUUAUGGCAAAAGAUUCACAGCUCACUGCUGCUUUGUAUUACAAAGACACUGCAGGAAAAAUGGAUAUCGCAAAUCCUAUCACGGCCGGUGCUGCAGGCAACACAGGGCUUGGAGCAAGAUACUUUUCAGCAAACUAAGUGGAAUUGUUGAAAUGACUGGGCCUAUAUUCAGCGACAUAUUCAUGUCCGAACGUCUCCUGUUGAGUUACGUAGAUCUGAAAGUUAUUUUGAAUCGAAGCAGCGACGAGUUCUGUUUGAUAGCCUCCGAGGACGGUGCCGAUUACCGCGUGAAACUCACCGAUGCUUAUCUCAAGAUACGUAAAAUGAAAGUCAACCCUAGCAUUUCCGUGGCCCAUGAAAUCGCGUUGAAGAAAGGAACGGCCAUCUAUCCUAUUCGUCGCGUCGAAUGCAAAAGUUUUAUUGUCCCCGCAGGAAAUCCCUCCCUGAGGCACGCAGGCUACCUUUUCAAUAGAUUGGUGGCGAAAACAUUUGUCUUCGGAUUGGUCGAAAGCGAAGCGUUUAACAGUGCUUUGAAAAAGAAUCCGUACAAUCUUCAACAUUUCAACGUGUCCUCCAUUGGAAUAACCGUCAACGGAGAAGAAAUGCAAUUUAAACCCUUGCAGCUUUCCUAUGGUGCAGCACCUAAAUACAUCGAGGCAUUCAGCACCCUGUUUUCUGGUACGGGGAAAAUGUACUACAACACAGAAAAUGAUAUAUCCCGAGAGGAAUUCCCCAAAGGUUACGCCGUGUACGCCUUUGACCUGACACCGGACAUGUGUGGAGCUUUUCCUCAUUUUAACGAGGUGCAGAAAGGAAAUUUGGCCAUUGAUAUCCAGUUCUCUGUAGCGCCUGUAGCCGCU